AUGUCUGAGGAGAAGAGUACUAUUGAUCAAGUUGUUAAUGAAGUUGUUAAUGAGACUAUGGAUGAGUCGAGUUCUUUUCAAGAUGCGCAGGAUGUUAGUUCUGGAAUUGCAGGUGAAGCCGUUUGGAUUGCUUAUGCAGGGCAGCCUAAAACCUGCCCUAAAUGUGGCGAUGAAGGUCAUCUCGCAUUGGGAUGCAAAAAUCCGUGGUGCUAUAAUUGUGAGUUUCCGGGGCAUAGAGCGGCCGAAUGCCAAAAAGAGCUAUUGUGUAGCAUUUGUUUGGAGGCCAAACAUCCUGUUUCGAGCUGCCCCUUUCUAAUAUUUAGUGCAAAUGUUGCAAACACCGAAGAAGAUGGGAAUUAUGCUGCCGCUGCAAAAUCAAACUCUGUAAGCAGAAUCCGGAAAAACAACCCUGUGGAAGAUUCUAGCAAAGAUAAAGAGUCAGGGCGUGCAAGCAAGCACAAAGGCCAAGAUAAAAGCAAAGACAAGGGUGGAAAAGACAAAGGCAGUGAAGAAAAAGGCAGUAAAGACAAAGAUGGCGGAAAAGACAAAGAUAGUGACAAACGCAGCCAAGACAAAGACAAAGAGUGUAGUUCGAGCAAGGAAAAGACCAGAGAGAGAAGUAAAGAUCGAGGAGAUAGACGCAGGGAUAGAGAUCGCAAGCGUAACCGGGAACGGAAUAGGGACCGUGAUUGGUGUCACCCUUGGGAUAGCAGUCAGCGCGACCGGGGCGACCAUGAUCGGUACGCAGACCACGACUGUGAUCGUUCUCGCCACCAUCAUGAUUAUUCAUCCAAUUUGUACUCCAGUGACAGUGACUAUGAUGGUUAUUAUUCUCACAGUUACAGGUAA